ACAAAAGGAAAUUAAUUUUAAAGUGAAACUCAUAGAUUCAUUGCACACACUGUGUAAUAAACACAGCACACUGUGUGGUAAUGUGCUUAAUAAAUAAAUAUAGUGUUGCUUAUCUGUGGAUAAUUUCUCGUGCCUAUUGUGGCUUACAGAUAAUGAAAAGUGAGCAAAAAGGUUUUAGGAAAAUUGUUGCAUAUGAUCUGAAAGGGUUUUUACUGUUGUGCUAUAAAAUCAAAGGAAAGAUUGAUAAUUUGACAGUUUUGUCAAAAUUCACAAGGGGGGUAUGCCAGAAAAAAACUACUGCUAAAGAAGCUUGCUAUUCAGAGUUCUGCAUUUAAAAUAUCGAUAGGAACUUAGUGGAAAGAAAGAAGUAGAAGGGACAACUGCAGCCUACAGAUUGUUUCUCAGUGGUCCAACGUUCCCUUGUCAUAUUGAAGUACAUUUUGAAUUUUAUUUGGAAAUCAAAGUCCUAGAGUCUUUAGAAAAGUGGAGAGGCACAGAAUCCAUAACGUAUGAGUUUCAGUUUGAGGUUUCUAGGAUCUUGGAGGAUUUUGGCAGCCGUGUCAUCAGCAGGUGUUGGGUCAUUGUGUUUUCUGAAGUUCAAAGAUAGUGUAUCCAUUUACUAGUUUUUUUCCCCAGAGCAUAUUGUAUGCUGAGGCUGGUGUCCUCACGUUGCCUCCAUACACCACCCAAACACACACACACACACAUUGGUUUAAUGAGCAUAUUCCUGUGCUUGAUGGUUUACAGAUUUUCUUGGCCUAUCCAUAGUAUUGGACAAUACUCCAAUACUAUGGAGUAUUGUCAAGAGGACAAUGAGAAACAGCAGAUCCAAAGAUGCAGCAAGCUGUGAACUACUAUAAAACAACCAGGUCUUCCUAAACACCCAAGCAGAGUCACAGGCUUAUCACCUCCUUACUAUGCUACAUUGAUUCAGAAAUUCAGAUGAAAGGAUACCUGACCAAGUAUAGAAUGCAUAUAAAAUGUAAAUGUUAUGGACAGCUUAAAUAUACAAUGAUCUGUAUCUGUAAGUGCAAGAGUGCUAUGAAACACUAAUUAUGUGUUUCAUAGCACAUAAUUAGAUACUAAGUUUACCAUAAUUCCGUGCAUGAGUUUCCACUUUAUAUAUAUAUAUUUUUUUAAUGAACAUCUUUGUUUACAAGUACAAAGAAAAACCAAGAAACAGAACACAAAAUAUUACAAAGUAUGCCAGCGGUGUAGAUUUCAACAGUAAAUACAGUAAAUACAUUGGCAUGAAAGACAAAAAGAAUAGAGAUCAGAUAUUACAGACAUGACAAAUGAAUGUAAUUUGUCAAUAUUGAGAGAUCUACAACAUUCAUAUGUGUUUAUAGCUUUUUUGUUCAUACUCUUGGAAAUAGUGGAUCAAGUUUGAUUUCCUUAACCAAAACUGUAAAAAAGAAGAGGUGAAGAUGAACAUUUACAUUUGUGAAUAUGAAAUUUACCAAAUAUAAUAAUUAGAUUGAUUGCCUGUCUUUUGCCUGCAUUUGUAUUCUUAACAUGAAAACCAAAAAUAAUAUGCAUUAUAUUUUUACCUUGCGCUAUCCACCCGUAUCCACUCACUUAGCCACUAGAUGGCGACAAACUUCUAAAAAGCAGGGUAGGUUUAAAUAUAGUAGAAGAAGAAUCAGUGUAGUAUUCGUAAUUUAAUACUUUAUUUAUUGUUACGAAUGUUUUAAAAUGAAUUGCUAACUAGCAUUUGUCCUUAUACUUUUUUAUGUAUUUGCAUUAUUUAUGGUCAAUCUUUUAAACUCUGGAGUUGUUAUCUAUUUUUCCCCCGGAAGUAGAGACAUUGGCUAACACUGAUAGCAACAGUCUAGCGGGCUAACAGAAGUGCCUAAAAGUAAUUACCACGUCCCUCCUGUGGGACUAGUGUCAUAGCUAUGUUGUGGAAUAAAUUGUGACAACUAAACCGAAGAUGAUGAACGACAUAAUAGAGGAGCCUGAAAAGGACACACUCCUGGAGGCGCAGCAGGAACAGCAAGUUUUGUCGGUAAUGUGGGCUAAAGCUAGUUCAACGACAGCUUGGAUGGAUGAAAACAGAAACUGGGAGGGACCAAGUAACAGCACAAGACCUAAGAUUCCAGAUGGAGGCAUCCGGCCGGUGGAAAAGAGAGGACCUUACAUCAUGUCCAGAGCUCCAGCCAUCCACCUCAAACUACAGAAACACAGGGAGAUGGUGAGGAAAGCGCUAAAGAAGAAAGCCCUCUCUGCUGGUCCUCCAGUGUCACAACAGCCCAGACAGGGAGUCAAGAGGACGGUGAAGUUUAACAAGGGCUAUGCUGCUUUAAGCCAGAACGCUGAGGAAAUGUUGGUGGCGCUAGACUCAGACAGUGAUGAAGAGAUCGAUUUUGAGCAGUAUUCCUCAGGAUACUCUUCAGCCGAGGUCCAUCCUGAUUUAAGCAAGCAGCUGCUUCAGGAUGGCUACCACCUGGAUGAGAUUCCUGAUGAUGAAGACUUGGACCUGAUUCCCCCCAAAGCCAUGGGUUCUUCUAUGUGCUGCUGCUUCGAGUGCCCGUCUUGCCCCAUGCAGUGAUAUCGGUGCUGUGACUUGGACCUUCUGAAGGUCUGACUCUUUAUUCAGCUCGCUAGUCGCUGGGGCCAAAGCUCUUCUUUCUAAUGCAGCUCAGCUGCUGCAUGUUGCCUGAGGAAAUCCAGCUCUGAGGCCUGAUGCUGGACUGCAAACAUUGAACACUGAGAUCACUCAGCUUCAGUGAGAAUGCAGAAAGACAUGAGAGCAAGCCUUAUCCACUGUGACUCCAAAGCCUAACUAAUUGUAUUUAUUUAUCAUGUUCUUGCAGCAUUACACAAAACCGUAACUAUGACACUGGUCUGAGUUGAGUGGUGGAGUAUUUUGACAUUCUUGAUAAGAAUGUUGACUCAAGGAGGAGCUGGCUGGUUUAUUUCCUCCAUGGUGAGCAGGUCUGUAACCCCCUAGAAUCCCACCAGUAUGAAGUAUGGAAAGUUUAACCCUUUGACAAAUCUGAAAUGAUCAACUGUUCAUCUGUUACUGUUAAAUGAUAUAUUGGCACCUCAUGGGAAUAACUGGCAGCACCUGAGUGCACAAUAGUAGUCUUAGUUUUAUUUUUACUUCCUCUGUCAUUAUAAUCUACAUCUGAUUCUCUCUCUCGAAACUCUAAAUAGCAAGGUGUAGCACCUGUUUCAGCAAAUACAACUAAGAACAAAAGUGCAACAUACUAAGAAGCACUCCGUUUAUACCUCUGGCACAUUGUAUAGGUGCUGUUUAAGGUUCAAAAUGUAGUUCUGACGACUGUGCUUAAAUUGAGGAUUAUAUUUGGAUCUUAUCAUUCACCUUGGCACAAAUCUACAAUUUAAAAAAACAGAUGUAUUGAAGAGACUGAAGAUCGACAAAAUCAUUCCUAAAGGUAAAUUUCUUUUGAUUUGUGUAGUAUUUUGGUUUAAACAGCUCCUCAGAAAACAUGUCUCCACAUCAGAUUUGAGUUACAUUAUUUAUUUAUCAUUGUAUUUAAGUGUAUGCUAAAAUACUUGUUACAAGUUAUUUACAGUUCUAAUAUAAUUUAUAUUUAGUGUUAGUAUUCAUACAUUUAUUUGCUUUGUGUUCUGAUGCUUGUGACUUCCAACACUUCAGAACAUAUUUGUCAUUGAUAUUACAGCAUUAAUUGGUUUCACUUUUGGCUGCAUUUUAAAACUAUUAUCACCAAUUGUUUGCCAGAGAUGAAGAGACUUUCCCGUCUCAGGAGGUUUUUAUGCGCAGAUGCACAGAGAUCGGAUAGACUUUUGCAUAUAUAUUUAAAAUUAAAUUUGAAAAUUACACAACCUCUCAAGUGAAUAAAAUAAUGCAGGCAGGAUAAAAACCUUCCUUUCUACUGUUGCAUAUAUUCACAGCAGAGGACUAGAACAAAAACAAAAUUCUGUGCUAGGACAAUGUAGGAAGAGCUGAAAGCUGGUAAUAAAUCCUGAAUUGGAGAGUUGAGAUACGCAGCAUAACCUCCUUACAUUUCAUAGUUUUAAGGCAGGUUUCUGGUUUGAGCAGACUGCUUUAUAUGGACCUUCUAAAUUAAUUUUUUAACCCCAUUUCUUGCUCUGUGGUGUGUUUUGAUGUAGAUUAAAUUUUGCACUUAACACCAAUUGCCAGUAGCAAGUACACUUGACUCACCUGUACUAUGCAACUAUGGGACAAUCUGCUUGUUGUACAACAUUGUGACAAGGUUGUGUUAUUGAGUGCUGAAUGCAAUAAAUAAAUGUUUUGUUUGUUUUACAACUGUAAAUACUCUGUUCCCAUUGUAUUCUGUUGGUUUACAUUAUAAAUAAAAAAUUCAAUUAA